AUGUCCUGCAGAAGACGAGAUCGUGCAAACGGACUCGGCUGCUGCCCCGACGCCACUGGCACCCGUCCGUGGAUCGAGUACGACGGCUUCGACUACCUCGUACAGCUCGAGCGAGGACACUCUGCGCCCCGGUGCGAGGCACAUGCGAAGCGGCUCCCGGGUCAAAGCGCUCUGAGCUUGCCAGCGUAUGAUGCCUGUCUUCAGCGCUAUAAGACAGAGGCCAAGAAGUACAGCCAAUACGCAGGGCAGCAAGCAAGCAUCUUGCACAAACCAAAGUAUGCCUGCUUCGAUUGCAGAAGGGCGUUCAAGCCCACCGCAUGCGACGGAAACGAGAGCUUGUACGGCGCUCGAGGGCUGGCCGACCUGACCACCGAUGGCCAAAUCGUGCCCCCCACAGGGCAAGAGAGCGAUGCAGAGCUGAGCUUAGCUGUAGCUCGCACACAGCAUCUUAGUCGCAGAAGGCAAGAUCGGGAUGGAAUUUACACGCAUCCACCUGGUGCCAGACCGACCGACCCGGUGUGGUUGAUCCGCACCGCGGCACCUUUGGACGAACGAGAGGACGCAACUGCUGAGCCAGUGGGCGAUGUCAAUUUGCUCGCAAGCCCUCAACGGAUCGAGCAUUACAAGAAAUUUGGUCGCGCAACUGUCUCGCAGGCGCAAGAGCUCUUCCCAACAAGGACUUCCCGCCAGCCUUCCUUGGAGGCCGGAAAGACGCUCGAGGCGCGUCAGUCGUGGAUUGCGAAGCAUUCUUCCUCAGCGGCGCAUGUCUUUUGGAGGCAAGUAGUCACUUGUUGCCCCGGCUGCGGUAAAGAGGGAGUUCGAGUUGGCUCGACCUUCCGCGCGCCGUCGAAGAAAGAUGCCAAAGCGUGGGAGAGUAUGCGCCGCUCAACGCUGGAGCAGGGCAAUCGCUGGGACUUUUGCAAGACGAAUGGCCAAGUGAAAGACUACAACGAGCUGGCAGGUCUGUUGCAGGCAAGGUGGGACAAGCAAGAGGGUGGAGGACGAGUGAGAUGCAAAGAUCGAGAUCGAGAAAGGGUACUGCGCGACGAGUUGGGCUUGAGCGAUUGCGACAUCAACAUCAGCAAAUUCGCGCCCAAACUUUGCUUAGGACCUGAUGGGCGCUGGGGGAGCAUACCGCCAGGGACUUUCUGUGACGAUCGUUGGAUCUCGUCAAGUGGCGAGAACUUGCUACGCUGA